AAUGGACUUAUUGACUCAACUCUAGAGAAGAAGACACCAAAAUUAAAGCCCUUUUUUGGUCUCCGUCUCCGACGACUAGCCGGUGGCUGAAACCCUAGCUAUCGGCCGGAAAAUGUCCACCACCAUCAUCAAACCUCUGCUCCUCCUUCUCUUCCUUGUCCACGCCGUCGCUUCUUCUCCGAUCCUGGGCCUCGAUUCCUUCCUUUCUCAAGAAUUCCGUCGAGACCCACAAGCUUCCAACGACACUUUCCUCUCCCUCCCUUCUUCGAUCAAGAAAUCCCUAUCAGUUUUCCAAAUCUCACCUUCAAUUUCCUCCCUCUUAUCAUUCCAGAUCUCUGUUCCAAUCACCAUCAAGCUCGUCGGAGCCUUCCCAUCCUCCGCCCCAUCUCUCCUCCACACUUUCCUCUCCGCCUCAAUCUCCUCCGAUAACUUCCAUAUAAUCACUCCUUUCUCUCAUCAACAUCAUCGCCUCGCCGUUUCCCAUUCACUCCACAUCGACGUCUCUCUUUCCACGUCUUCCCUCCAUACCCAUCUCUCCGAUACCAUUCAAGCCGAACUCUCCAAAUCACCAUCUUCACUCCGUUCCUCUCUCGUCUCGAUUCCUCACUCCCCGAUAGAUCAAAUCAUACGGCAUGACUUCGAAAAAGAAAAACCAGUUCAAGGGGUUUACAUAUAUCUCUUCAAUUUAGGCCAACAAUCAAAACCUUACGCUUACAAUUACGGAUAUGGGGAUUCAUCGCCGGCGUUUACUAAAUGCUUAGGCACCAUUUGGACAGGUAAAGAACGCUAUAUAUGGAUCGAUCUGGCUGCCGGUCCGGUUGAUUAUGGGCCUGCUUUAUCUGGCGAGGGGGUUUUGCCUAGAGGUGAAUCUCAUCCUUUAGCAGCACUUCACGGAGGACCCAAAUCUCAGAAAGCAUUUCUGGCUGAAAUGGCUUCACUGGUUUGGAAUGCUUAUCAGGUACUUCUUGUCCCUUCAUUAAGAAUCCCAGUUCCAUUUGAGAAUUCCUUACUAGUACAGUUCAUACACAUUCAUGGUUCUGAUCAUAAAGAUACCAAUGGUUUGGAUUGGAAAACAAUCGAGAGGAAUUUCAUGGAUGAAGCCAAAGAUGGUGGGUUAUUAUUGGGUGAACAAUCUUUAAAGUUCAAGAAUUACGAUAUCCUUUACACAGACUGUUCAAUUUGCUCAUUUGCAAUUUCAAGAGCAACCACUUCUUACACAUCUAGAUUCCUAUUUGAUAACUACACAUUGAUAGUCAGCGAAUACCUAGAUUCGAAGAGGUUACAUCAGAUACUGUCUGAUUCUAACGACGAGCUGAGGAGAAUUGCUGGUUUCCCAGAAGAUGAAUUGGGCAGAGUUCUCCCUGUUUAUGUUUUCGACCUUGAUCUGAACACCAUCUUAAUGCUGGAUCGUUAUCAUCAGUCUGUUUCGUUCAAAGACAUGGUUAUUGCUGUUCGAACCAAGAACACGCAGACUGUUAGCGAUUAUAGCUGCAACGGUCGAAACAUGUUCAUUCAAACCCGUGACCUCGAGAGGCCUCUGGUGGGGUCGAUCUUGCAGAGCAUGUGGGGAGUUUCUCCAACCCAUUUGGUUUGGAGUCCUAGCCAUAACACUACUUUGGUUGACUAUACAUGGAGCGUUGGACAGACUCCGUUUGGUCCUUUCUCGGAGCUUUCGUCGCUCUCUUUCGUGCAGAAAGAUUCGGCUAGGAGGAAUCUCUUGCUGACUAGUUUGAACAACAGCAUUACGAGUGCAAUUGAUAUUCUGGAUUCGAUAAAAGGGCAUGGAGGGGAACAUAAGCUUCUUAAGAGUCAAUAUAGUGAAUUUGUGCAGAGAUGGAACUUGUUUAAGUAUAAGCUGGAUAAGGGUGUUUCGGCCAUGUCUCGAUUGGAUUUUGAGACGGGGUUGUUUUAUUUGAGAUCGUCUGAUCACGAUCUGUAUGGGAUUCACGAAAUGGUGUAUAGGGCUUCUCAAGAUCUGGAGGCGACGCUUGUUUGCUUUAAGGAACCGCCGUUUCCAUGGAGGAAUGUUUCGAUUUAUGGAGGUGUGUUUUUUGUUGUUGUUUAUGUUUAUAUUAAGAGAAACAAACUGAUAAGUGGUGGAGGGAAAAGGAAGCAAUUCUGAUUCUGAUUUUGUUUUGUAUUCUUUCAAUUUGCUCUGCAUUUUAUUUUUAGAACACAUUAAUAUGAACCACCAACAACAAUAGUAGAUCAAUGUUUUCCUCA